AGAAGAUGCAAAAGAAAGAGUAGAGCUUGUUCCUCACUCCUUUGCAAAAAUUCCAAAUCUAAUGUCCAUUGAGGGGCUCAUCAGUAGCUUGCAGUACUGCAGAGGAGACUAUCAGAUGAGCAUUUCCUUGAAAAUGGUAUUCCUCUAUCUGUGUUGCUGCUUGACUGUAAUAAUUAGUAGUUUUGCAGAUACUGGAGUGAGCCAAGAUGAGUGCAUGGUGUCACAGAAUUGCAGCCUCCAGGGCCCCCCCAUCCAUUUCCCAUUCCGGCUUAAGGCCACCAGUACCCAGACCACUGUGGCUGCUCUUUAUUUGAGCUCUCCUGCAGAGAGAGGAAUCAGACAAUUCUAGAGCUGCCAGACUCAGUAAACCUCUUGGUGAAGGACAUAAAUUACACAUCUCAGGAAAUCCUUGUUCAGGACCCUGAUAAUUGCUUCCCAAGGCAGCUUCGUAAUCUCCAUUUAGCUUCCUCUCCCUUCCAGUUCUUGGAUGAUUACUCAGAGCCCCUCACCUUCUUCAAAUGCCCUUCAAGAAACAGUACUACAUAUUCUGAUGGAUACUGGAUGUUACCCAUCUCUUGCCUUGGAGGGCCUGGCUUCCAAGUUUAUGCUGUUCCUUCAUUGGCCAACCCCAGUGACGCGUACCUACCAUCUUGCAGCAAGAUGUACAACGUCGCAGGAGCUCCUUAUGACGUUAUUAACUCACAGGAAAAUGCUACUCAGCUGACAUGGACCAAGUUGCCACACUGCGAAGCAGAAGGUGCAACAAAAAAAAAUAAAAUUGUUAUAGGUGAAAGCCUUGGUUCCCUUUUUCUUGUGACACUUGUCUUUGCACUCUACCGAGUUUAUAGCUCAAAUGAAUCGAAAAGACAACACAAAAUAAAGGUUAUAAAGUUCUUGGAAGAUUACAGAGCCCUCAAGCCCUCAAGAUACUCUUAUAAUGAUAUUAAGAGGAUUACAGAUGGGUUCAAGGAAAAAUUAGGUGAAGGAGGUUAUGGAACUAUCUAUAAAGGAAAGCUUUCUAAUGAAAUUCUUGUUGCCGUGAAGAUGUUGAAUAAUUCUAAUGGAAAUGGUGAGGAGUUCAUUAAUGAAGUGGGAACAAUAGGUAGAAUCCACCAUAUCAAUGUUGUUCGUUUGAUUGGCUUCUGUUCUGAUGGGUGUCGAAGAGCUCUUAUCUAUGAGUUCUUACCAAAUGAGUCCCUAGAGAAAUUCAUAUUUUCAAACCAUUCACUUGGUUGGGAAAAGCUUCGAGAUAUUGCUAUAGGCAUAGCCAAAGGAAUUGAGUAUCUUCACCAAGGAUGUGAUCAAAGAAUCCUCCAUUUCGACAUCAAACCUCACAAUAUUUUGCUAGAUCAUAAUUUUAAUCCAAAGAUAUCUGAUUUUGGUCUAGCCAAAUUGUGUUCUAAGGAGCAAAGUGCAGUUUCUAUGAGUGUAAUUAGGGGGACCAUGGGUUAUAUUGCACCAGAAAUGAUAUCUAGGAAUUUUGGCAAUGUUUCCUACAAGUCAGAUGUUUAUAGUUUUGGAAUGUUAUUGAUUGAAAUGGUAGGAGGAAGGAAGAAUAUAGACACUGCGGUAAAGAACACUAGCCAAGUAUAUUUUCCAGAAUGGGUUUAUAAUCGUCUGGAUAAAAGGGAAGAGUUGCACAUUCCAAUUGAGGAAGAAAAUGAUGGUGAAAUAGCAAAGAAACUAUUAAUUGUGGGACUUUGGUGUAUUCAAUGGUGCCCAACGAACCGUCCUUCCAUGAAAUUUAUUAUUCAAAUGUUAGAAGGAGAAGGAAACAAUUUAAGUAUGCCUCCAAACCCAUUUACUUCCAUGGGCCCAACAAGAACAAGUCUAAACAUGCAUCAACAAGAGUUGGCAAUCAUCUCAGAAAUAGAGUAAAAAGAUAUUUGGUUGUGUUUCUAUUUUAGUGUUUUAUGAGCAUGUAAGUUACUUAGUAAUCAUGUUGUAAUAGUUUAUCAAUGUAACCUUUGUGUUUAAUGACAAUAAACUCUGUGAUAUUUGGCAACAA